GCGCUCUCACUGACGUCUGUCUUCAUCCGGGAGUGAUUGUCGCCGUCGGCUGCUGCUCGCGACUACGAAUGAUUCAAUCGAAACGAGCGCGGGGUUGAAUGCAUCGCCCUGACACGCUUCCUCUCUCGCACGUUUACCAGAGCGCGCGUCUGGCAUGUGACAGCGCCCCGUCGUCGUCGCCGACCCCAAGCGCAAGCAUGAGCGGCGAAAAGUUUCCCGACAUCCGAGUAGUGGUCGGGAUUGAGUACUUCAGCGAUGUGCCGACCUCGACCAAGUGCCACCCCACGGUCCUGGGAGCCGUGGUGCUCGAGAGCAGUGCCAUCAGUGCGGACGAACUGCGGCGCAUCAUGUGCGACCAGCUGCCCUCGCUGCCGACCCACUUCACUUUCGUCACCAAGGAGAGGUGGCCUGUCCAGAAGUCGCAGGAGCACCUCAUCCGGGUCUCUCACCUCAUGACGGAGGACAGGAUAGUCAGCAUUUGUAGGCAUUACGAAAAGCCGAGGAUAGGAGUCAUGUCGACGGGCGGCAGCUCCUUGGGGUUUGUCUACAGCGACUACAACGCUGCCCUGAGACAGUUCCGGGAGGCCAUCAUUGAUCAGUUGCACGAACCCAAGAGGGCUGGGCGGCCAGAGUUCCGGUUUGUGGAGGACAACGGCUGGCCGGUGACCACGCGCCAAGAGAACGUCGCUGACGGUGCUUGUGGUGCGCGUUUCUGCAAGUUUGGCUACUUUCCGUUGAGUCCGUAG